AUGGAGAAGAAGGAAGAGAGCAAUGGCACCUCCACCGUGACCAAAACUUCCCACCGCCCCAAGAAGCGCAGCACGCUGGGCAUCGUUUGGGCCUCCAUCCUCACUAUGCGUCGCUGCUCAUCCAGCAAGAAAGGCCCUAAAUCUCCGAAAGCUGCCGAUGGUAUGCUGAAGAGCCUUGUCGAUGGUAUGCGCCCUCUCCAUCUCCAACUCGACUACCGCCCGCCGUUCCCUCUUUUGCCGCCGCCUCCACCAGCUGGACACGAGUCGUUCCACGAUGUGUUCCCCCCGCCGUCUUCCCCCGCGUGCUCCUCCAACGACGGCAUGAGCCGCUAUGCUUCCGCGGAGGAUCUACAAGCACUCGACGACGACACGGCCGAGGGCAACGACGGCAGCACUGGGGCCAACGGCGUCGACGAGGGUGAGGCUUCACAUGCAAUCGACACGAAGGCCGAGGAGUUCAUCACAAGGUUCUACGAGCAGAUGCGGCUCCAGCGCCUGGACUCGCAACCAGGCCACUGA